UGACCCCAUCGGUAUUUCGACGACCGGCACUAAGUUGUCGGCUGUUCGGCACCACAUUUCUUGUAUUGCGUGUGCGACAUCAAACAACUGGCGUCGCACCACGGGAAGAAACGAGUUUCUCCAUCCCCGACUCAUCGGCUGUUCCCUUCGCCGAAUAUGACGAGCCAUCAACAUCAUCAACGACGACCAGAAUACCCGAAGACACGGCCAGAUUUAAAACUUCACUUCGCCGUAGGCCACGGGAAAAACUCUUUCACCGAGUACGCUCUAACCCACACAUUGAUGGAUCCGUCGAACUCGUUGCCAUUUCCUCGAAGCCUUCCCUCUCAGAUCUUGAAAAGCUGAGGCCGCAAGUAUUUGUGCCUUCAGAUCACGAAUCAUAUCCACAGUUCUAUAAGAAGACAGCGGAGAUGCUAUCUCGCACUUUUUACCGCCACCAAUUGAUAGAACUCAUCAACCAGCUGCAAGUGCGCGUUCAUUACAAGGAGAGGAAGACCAGCAUAGUCGGGGCAUUGUUGGGGCAUUGGAAUAUGCCAGCCCCCAUCGAAGUUAAACGUCUGGAUGAUGAGGUGGCUAAUAUGGUUGAGCGGGGCGAGUGCACCUUCAGUCCACAGGAUCAUGUUCUAAGUUACUACCCACAGACUUCCCUCUUCUCCCAAGCCAACUGUUUCUUCUGAUGGGCGCGGACGGGUCUGACCUCCUGCGCCUAUCUCACACAUAUCAAGCUCGCCUAACACCGAUACCCAAUCCAUUAAGACUUCGAGCGUUUGGUAGGGUCGACUCUCUGGAGGCUAUGGCAGCGGAGAUACUUGACAGAACAUCUAGAAUGAGAUCACAUACUGUGAAGCUUCAGUGUGCUGCUGGUGUACGGCCUGACCUGAUACAAACAAUAUCGAGAAUUUCAGGUGCUUUCAUCGAAAAUUCAAGAGAAUCUCAAGUGCAGAUAACCGAAUUGGAUGAAGAAUCAGGAGAGAUUGCUCGAAGGUUAGCAGAGAGGGCUGGUAUUGAGGCCAGAGAUGCGGAGCGAAGGCCAAUAUCAGCCCAUAUUUCGGAGGAAGGGGAAACUUCAGACGAGGCGCAUUCACCAUUUUUCACAGGACAUAAUUACGCUCUCUAUCCCUUCCUUGUGCCAGGCGUCCUGCCCUGGAAUAUGGGCUACUCAAAUCCAUUCCGUGUGCGACGUGUUGGAGACUGGCUCCCCGAGGAUCAGAGACCGAAGUCCUCCCCACUCAUCUCGGCCAGAUUGGCUUCCAGAAAUGGUGUUUCCAAGACCCUGCGGGAAACCUUGUUCGGAGGACUUCCCCCUCUCCCAUUGGGGUUUUCCCGUACUGUCUCUGCGACCGCAGGUUACCAUCUCAUCAGCGCACCUGAAUCGAGAUCGCUUGCUAGGGUAUCUCUUAUGCCACCAAUUCGGGAUUCAUUCGACUUGGACACUUUCUUCGAGUGGCUGAAGGCAGGCAAGGGAUCAACAACAUUCCUGCCUGGAGUUCCUCCAGAUAUUAGGGCUGAAACACUAAAACCCAGACGACUAAUCGCCAUGGAGGACAUCUUGAUUUAUCGGCUCCGUUAUCAAGCCCGGGAAGGCUCGAAGGAAGCGAGUAGAUCGCCUUCGCGUGCCACACCCUCGGACAUCACGGAUAUCUUGGAUGUUCAGAUUAACUUUACUCUAUGGCACUCCCACACAUCAACAAACCAACUAUCUGAAACAUCAGGACUAGAGAAAGCCCCUCUUGACCGUUUUACCUCUGAAUGCAGCACCAUACCACCAAGGGUCAUGGUAGCACGGCGUGGUACAACUUCAAGCUUGGACGUGCUUCUGCCCGACAGGCAAUUUGACAUCCGCUUGUCCGUUCUGGACCUGAUUCGGAUUACAUCUCGGGAUCUUCCGCAAGACCUGAUCGAGCACUUGAUAGAUUGUCGACAGGCAUUUUCUGCUAACGGCAAGCUCCCGGAGUCACCAUUCAGUGUUGUUGUUGAUGGUGUCACGUAUUUCUUGAUGGCUAACGAGGUUGUUCGCACAUCGCAGCGCGAAGAGAGUAAUGUUAGCCGUGUCUUUGAUGGAGCCGCCCCUCAUGGAGAAACAGCAGUAACAAUUGUGGAGAAGGUGGCAGAUCGUGACGUCCUGGAUCAACAAAUUCUGCAGUGCUGCGUUCAUUCUUCUGAACCCCGCCUGGACAUUGCAUGGGACAAGUUUCUCUCACAGUGUGAUCGCAUCACCGGAUACGACCAGGAAGAGGUGUUGUCGUUUCAGCAUUUUACGCUGCCCAGGCACGAGGAGACAAAGCAGAGAAUGUAUGCAUAGCUUGAUUAUUGUACAUCGUAUGAAUCAAGCAAAUUCC